AUGAAUACUCUUGAAAAAGCUACCUUCGCAGCUGGUUGUUUCUGGGGCGUUGAAAAUCUAUUUGCAAAAAAUUUUCAAGUCGAGACUAAAGUUGGCUACAUCGGUGGAAAAACAAAAAAUCCUACAUAUAGAGAGGUCACAUAUGCCUCCCUGGUGAAAUUCUUCUACCAAUUUCAUGAUCCUACUACAUUAAAUCGUCAGGGUAAUGACAUUGGUACUCAGUAUCGAUCAGCUAUAUUUUAUCAUUCGGAGGAACAGCGAAAAAUCGCUGAAGAAGUAACAAAUAAAGUUCAAGAGAAUUUAAGUAAAGGCAAAAUAUUAGGUGAUAAAGGUAAGAGAGCUUACGAAGGCGAUAAGAUUGUCACACAAAUUGUAGAAGCUGGAGAGUUCUAUGAUGCUGAGGAUAUGCAUCAGAAAUAUUUG